AAUAAGUCAUUCUUACAAAAUACUCAAAAUUGUGUAUUUUUGUAAUAAUUUUAUCUUUUUUUGAGUAUUUAUAAAAAGAUGUUCUCUUUCAUUUUUGCUCUUCUUCAACUGCUGUUCUACUCGCGGCUCGCCUCGCCUCGGCCAACACCUUCAUCAAGUGUAGAGUUCUGAAAAUUUCAAAAGAUGGAUCCCGAUUCAGUCAAAUCGACUCUUCAAAAUUUAGCUUUUGGAAAUGUAAUGGCCGCUGCUGCUCGCGAUUACCAAAAGGAGGUGAUUUCUCAGCAAAAGGCCCAGACAUCGAGCUCUGUCAACGAGGAGGUUGAUCUUGAUGAGUUGAUGGAUGAUCCUGAGCUGGAAAAAUUGCAUGCUGAUAGGAUUGCCGCGCUUAAGAAAGAAGUUGAGAAGCGAGAAGCAUUGAAGAGGCAAGGUCAUGGAGAAUACAGAGAUAUUAGUGAAGGAGAUUUCUUGGGUGAAGUUACCGGGAGUGAGAAAGUGAUUUGCCACUUCUAUCACCAUGAUUUUUACCGCUGCAAGAUUAUGGAUAAGCAUUUGAAGACCCUUGCUACUAAGUAUCUCGAUACAAAGUUCAUCAAGCUCGAUGCUGAGAAUGCACCAUUCUUUAUCACCAAGCUAGGAGUCAAAACUUUGCCUUGUGUCAUAAUAUUCAGAAAAGGAAUUGCAGUAGACAGGGUGGUUGGGUUUCAAGAUCUAGGAGCGAAAGACGAUUUCACCACAAGGGCACUCGAGAAUCUUCUUAUCAAAAAGGGUGUUAUUAGUGAGAAGAAAAAAGACGACGAAGACGAUGGAGAUCAUGAAGAUAGACGCCGUUCAGUAAGAACCUCCAUUGUAAAUUCCGAUUCUGAUUCUGAGUGAAAGUUUUUACUAAGCUAUUUUGAGCCUUUUAUAUUUCAAAAUCAUGAAUGUAUAAUUUUAUUUUCACUAGUUUAUUUUUGACCAAGGAAGCAAAUGUUGUUGAACUAAAAACUUGUGAAGAAGUACUUGAAAGGCAUGAACAACCAGUUUCUUUUUUA